UCGCUCAAACGAAAACAAAGUUAGAGUUCGGUAAAAAGUUGUAGAAAAAUGGAGAGGGCAGUUUUUAGAGUUCUAGUUGUGUUCUUAGCUGUCGUAAGCUUUACUCUUGGUAAUGAAGAACUGGAUAAACAGGCAGAAGAACUGAAAGAGCAGCAUAAAGAUUUGAGAGCCGCUAGAUCUAAACUAGAGAUGGAAACCUAUCGCAGUGCGUUUAAAAGAAAAAGAGGUCAACAAAUUGCUGCAGCAAAGACCAUACAAAAUGAUUUGAAAAGUUAUGCAAAACAGUUUGACAUGGUGGACAAAGUUACAGAGAAAAUGUUUUGGGUAAUGGAAAAAUCAAGAACAGAGUUGGCAAAUGUUGGCUACACACCAGGGGAUCCAUUUCCAUUAGAAAAAGACAUAAAAGAAGCUUUAGCGCAUGUUCUUGAAAAUACUGCACUUUUUGGUGACAUUCUAUUACGACUUCCAGAUAUUACACACCAGAUUUUAAGAAGGUCAAAAGAACAUGAACUCUUGAUUAAAUGGUGCAUCAGUAUAUGUAAUGCUACAGAAGUCUAUGAUGGAACAGGAAGACAACUACUUAAUUUGGUUGCACAAGAACUGCAGUUGGUACCAAAGGAUGAUAAUUAUGUAAACCCAUACAAACUGGAGGCUCAAUUAGAUGCUGAAUAUGAAAAGGAGAAAGCAAGAAGAACUAUGUCAUCAAAACAAAAGAAAAAAGAAGAAAAGAAAAAGAGGAAAAAGGGGCCAAGACUUAGUGAUGAAUUAUGAAGUCAAAACUUUGAUUCUUAUUUAUGUGUACAUGUAUUUUUACUAUGAAAUGUUUUAAAAAUCAAUUAACAUAAAUAAUGAACUAUACAUUUCUUAAAGUAAAGAAUUUAAGUUUGUCUGGUUGGACUUUGACUUGAAUUGGUCUGGCAUCAAAGGGUUCUCCAUCAAUACUGAACCAUGACUCCUGAAACACAGUAGGUUAAGUUUCCACCUUUAGACUGUAGUCACAUCAAAAUAUUUAUGURUUGAUACAAGGUAAAGACAAACUGAUGUGUAACAUAAAGAUCUAAUWACAAAAUGAAAAGCUCUAAAACAGUUUUUUUAAAGUUUUCUAUACAAUUUAAGAGGCCACAGUCUUGCUUGGUGGAUUUAGCAUUAAUAUUCAUAGUCUCUUGUAAUUGACUAUUUUACAGUAGGAAUGUAUCGAAAAUAAUAAAUAUUAUCAAUUAUAAUGUA